UUGGACAGCGAGGGAUUUAGGGAAAUUGUUGAUCCCAUUUAUAAUGCCCUUGGUAUGAACCCAAUCACAUCGAGGAACAUUAUGAGCUUCGUGUCCGUAAGAGAACAGGCCAUCAAAGACGGCAUAAGGGCUUUAGUCAAUGGAAAACUGUUGUCGCUAAAAAUCGACGUGGCAACUAGAAUGGACAAAGCAAUUCUAGGUAUAAAUCUGCAAAUUAUUCACACAAAUGUAAAUAAGUCGGAGAUUGUUGUCAAGACGUUGGGCAUGAUCCAGCUCACUUAUUCACACACUGGGGUCUACAUUAGAGACAAAAUUUUAGAAAUUCUUGACGAUUAUGGGAUAACUCUGGAUCAAAUCUUCAGUGUUACCUCUGACAAUGGGAGAAACAUGGUCAAAGCCAUAGAAAUUCUUAAUGACGACACGGAGGAGUCCCUUUUUAAAGAUGACACUGAGAGUGAAAAAUUUAUGGAUAAGCUUGAUGACCUGAAUUUGGCAAAUAUUCAUCUUACACUUGGAAAGAAUGCUGUUUCUACAGAAAGCCAAGAAGAGGAAUAUGAUUCCCAGGAUGAUGAAGACACUGAAGUUAAUUGUAUUGAGUUGGAAGAAGAAGAAUCAGAAGAAGAAGAUGAUGAAUAA